UGUUUUACUGCAGAGCAGAGAAGCUCAGACCAAGAGCGCCGAAAAACAGCUACAGAAAAGCCCGGAGCUGUCCGAAAACAACACCAUGUCUACUCACGCUAGCACGAGCUGCCGCUUGUUUGUGAGACGCACCGGUUUGACACAUUUCAGAAAACUCCAGUGCAUAAAUGGGAACAUUCAGCGACCGUAUUCAGGUGCUACGCACAAGGAAAAUAAACUUGAACUUGGAGUCCCGUCUUCAUCUGCCCCUAACUUCGCCUCUAACCUGAAAACCAGGUCAAGACAGGAGAGGCUCAGAGAUGACAGCGUGCUGCCCUUUUCAGCGUUCUUGACCGACAACUUUGGCCGGAGGCACAGCUACCUGCGCAUCUCCCUGACCGAGAAAUGCAACCUGCGCUGUCAGUACUGCAUGCCAGAGGAGGGGGUGAAGCUCACACCGCGGGGCCAGCUGCUGUCCACCUCGGAGGUACUGACCCUGGCUCGCCUCUUUGUCCAAGAGGGGGUGGACAAAAUCCGCCUCACUGGAGGAGAGCCCCUCAUCAGACCUGAUGUACUUGAUAUCAUUGCAGAACUAAGGAAACUGGAGGGCUUGAAAACCAUUGCAGUGACAACUAACGGCAUGAACUUGGCCAGGCUUCUGCCUAAGCUGAAAGACGCAGGCCUUGACCUGAUUAACAUCAGCCUGGAUUCACUGGUCCCUGCCAAAUUUGAGUUCAUUGUCAGGCGGAAAGGGUUUCACAAGGUCAUGGAGGGCAUUGAUAAGGCCGUCGAAAUGGGCUACAAUCCAGUCAAGGUUAACUGUGUGGUCAUGCGAGGCCUCAACGAGGAUGAGCUGCUUGAUUUCGUGGCGCUGACAGAGAAGAAGCCUCUGGAGGUGCGCUUCAUCGAAUACAUGCCCUUCGAUGGCAACAAGUGGAACUUUAAGAAGAUGGUAAGUUAUCAGGAGAUGCUGGACCGCAUCAGGCAGAAGUGGCCCAAACUGGAAAUGCUUCAAACUGGACACACAGAAACUGCCAAGACAUUUAAAGUGCCGGGCUUUAAAGGGCAGGUGGGCUUCAUCACCUCCAUGUCUGACCAUUUCUGUGGCUCCUGCAACCGCUUACGAAUCACUGCAGAUGGCAGCCUCAAGGUAUGUUUGUUUGGGAACUCCGAGGUGUCUCUGAGGGACGUCUUGCGCUCCGGGGCAUCGGAUGAAGAGCUACUGCAAAUCAUUGGAGCUGCUGUGGGCAGGAAGAAGAAACAACAUGCAGGCAUGUUUAGUAUCUCCCAGAUGAAGAACAGGCCUAUGAUCCUCAUUGGCACCACAUCCCAAACGCCUACAUCUCUGGCAAAGUCACAAGACAGCCAGAGAGCUUUCCCCAUCAUUCCCCAUCUUACAAACAACGCUUUCCUCUCUCCAACAGCUGCUCCUCACAUGUGCCGCUCCGGCAGCAGGAGACUCCUGAACAGAGAGGGUUUUCUGUGCCUUUCAGACUGCACUGCUUCAGCACAGCCAGGCCAUGGUGUCUGCUCUAGAAUGAGAAGGGGUGCCCACGUUAGGUCACAUUUCGACAAAGACAAACCAAAUGCGAUGUACUGCCGCUACAGUGCAGCACCCCUUCACUCCUCUGAGGACAGUAAUGGUCUAACUUUCAGCGCUGGUCACACAAAGGCUGAGAGUUUUAUAGAACGCACAAAUGUCAUGAGCUACAUUAAUGAAGACUGUCUCAGGUACGCACAAGCCAGGGGUCCCAAAGCUUUGAAGAGCCACUUACUCGGGACCCCGGGCAAACCUAUGUUUUGCACACUACCAAAUAAUGCCAAAUUAAAUCUUAAACAACACAGUGUUAGGCUUUGCCACAAUCAAAGUUCCAGGAAAGACCCCGGUGUCCUCGUCAGACAAUCUGUGAGUGAUCAGACACAGUCAAGCACAGACGUCUGCAACACUCACCAUGAAGAAACCACCGAAGCCCAGCUGACGCACACAGACGCCCAGGGCCGAGCCGCCAUGGUUGACGUCGGGGGGAAAGCUCCCACACGUCGAACAGCCACAGCCCGCGCCACCGUCAUCCUGGGCCCCACCGCUUUCCGGCUGCUUCGGGAUAACCAGCUGGCUAAGGGUGACGCCUUGGCCGUGGCGCAGUUAUCCGGCAUAAUGGCUUCCAAGCAGACCUCAGCCCUCAUCCCGCUCUGCCACCCGCUCCCUUUAGACCACGCCACUGUCACCUUUGACCUCGAUGAGGUGCAGAACGCUGCGGUCAUCACAGCAACGUGCCGCACUACGGGCAGGACAGGAGUCGAGAUGGAGGCUUUGACGGCCGUUUCCGUUGCUGCGCUGACCAUCUAUGACAUGUGUAAGGCGGUGAGUCAUGACAUCAUCAUCACAGAUGUGAAGCUGGUCAGUAAGACAGGCGGGAAGAGGGACUUUCAUCGUCAUCCAUGACCUCCUCUCCUAACCAUGAAUCCAACCCCCGAGAAAGGAGAAUUAAUGCAAUGUAAGCAUCAUGAAUUGUCAUAUUUUUCUACAAACAAAGAUUUAUGUCCUACAAUACCAUAAAAUAAUAAAAAAUAAAAAAAAAUAUCAAUAUUCAAUAGAAUUUUAGAUACCACGAGGGUAAAAAUUGACAUUACUGUCAUUACUGUUUUUUAUAAAAAGAUAAACAUAAGAGGGCUUUAACAUGACAACAAUGACUUGCCUAGGUUUGUAGCAGAGAGCAGCAGAAUGAAUGAUUGUAAUAAACAUUAACAAUGCUUAAUUUUUUUACAUUAAUGAAAAAAUAAUCUUGUGGUAAUGGACACGCUCAAAGCCUCUGAGGUUGUCGCACAUUCAUGACAAUGAUGUGCAAGUAAAAAACAAAAUUGUGCUGCAAAA